AUGACUCUUCACGAUAUCAAUAUCAUCAGUAUGGCCCUGGCCAUGGCCUCAAUGAUACUCAUCGCAGCGGCCACAACGCCACAAUCGACAAACAUCGACAUUCUCUUCCCGGCCCUGCACGAUAUGGAUUUUAACAACGUGGAAGGAAGCGUCAUGAGCGCCGAUGCCACAGCCACCACAUAUCAGAUUGACUGCCGAUCUAGCGCGACCAAGCAAUGUACCUCUUCCGGCUAUCUCUUGCCCCAGACUCUCACUGCCGGUCCGUCCUUCCAGGACUUUCAUUACGAUAUCACUAGCUUUUGGAACAAAACUAUCUUUAUCGUCACUGGAACUUUGGACUGCAACAUGACCGGGUCGACGCUCGGUGCCUCUUGCUACUUCUCGACCAGCACAUGGGUCUCCAGUGGCACGACAAACACCUCCUCGGUAUUUGCCACGAGCGCCUCCAUAUCUUCGGCAAACUUGAAAUAUAAUACCCUGGCGGUGCCAUCGGGCUUGGAGAACCUACCCGUCGAAACUGCUGCCACGAAUGCGUCCCCUGGCCAUACCGGAACAUCAACAUCCAAACCAACAACAACCGCCGCAAUGACCUCGGAACAUCCCUCGUCUUCAAAGGCCUGGAUUGCAGGUCCAGUGAUUGGCGCUUUGGCUGGCUUGGCUUUAGCUACGGUAGCGGCACUUUGGUUCAUCAGUCGCAGGCGUAGUAACAAGGCUGAUCCUGUCUACUGGAAUCCAACAGAAGGGCCUUCAGAGCAUCACACAUAUCUACCAGUGCAGGGUGCUCAAGUUACGGAACUUUCCAGUGCUCAGGUUGGGGAGCUUUCAGCCAAGGGUGCACUGGCGGAGUUAUCAGCUCCAUCUAAACCCCAUGAGAUGGGGUGA